CAGAGCUGUGGAGAUAGAACACUGAGAUUGAUACAUUUCCUGAGGACUGCACGGAUACUGUGAAUACAUCGCUUGGUUACUGGGAUUACUGGAGGGACACACCGCAUUCAGCUGGCAGAUCAAAAAUUUGUGGAAUGAAGAAAGAGGACUUCUUUAUUACCAAAUAAAAGAAAAUCAAUGGAUUAUGUAAAUGCAGCUGUGUUGAAAGGCUUUUAUCAAUCCCACUCAAAGACAGAAUGAGGAAUAAAGUACAUCACAAGAAGGAGCAGAUGAUACCAUGAAGAGACGUUCACAGUCCCUCUGUUGCCAUCUGUUUAGUGUUCUACUCGUCUUGACACUGGCAGAAAAAAAAAUAUUUACUGUUAAGGAGCACUCUCCUACAACAACUUCUUAUCGUUUUUUGGGAGAAACAGUGAAUGAUCCAGCAACGGUGAUGCCAAGUCAUAGUUUUAGUCUUGUUCGGAAGUCUACAAAAUCUGUGACGUGGCCUUCGCUUAGAUCUCCAGAGGGAACAUCUUUGGAAUCAGCAAGUCAUCGUGAUGUUGUUGAUUAUAAUGACAGGCUGGCAACCCCCCUUUUCAAUAAUCAGGGUGUUAUAAAUUCAGGAAACAUAUACACCAAGAGGACAAAAUUUCAGAAUGUCCCAAGUGACAUCAGAGAGUCCACGCAGCCUUACCUCAAAACAGAACGCCAGUCUGACUUUCCUAUGAGAACUGCAUCCUCUGUUCAUCACAUUAGCACUACUCUUGCAUUUCCUAAAGACUCUUUUCUUAGUGGUGGAACAACGCAAGAUUAUUCCCAGGAAGAACAUAUAAAUGAUACGCCCAGUCCUACAACUGGUAUAUUAAAGAACACUGAAUCUAUGCCUUUUAAACCUAAUCAUGUUAAAUUAUGGGACGUCUGGAGUCGAAACAGCUCCCUAGUCUCAAUUAGACAAGGGAAGAAUGGAACUUCCUCUGCAGUUUUGAGAGUGGUAGCAUCAACCACCUCGCUGCAGACGUCCAUUGAUGGCAAGAGCCCUACACUUGUGCCAGAGAUAUCCAUGGAUAUAAUUACCAAGUCACAUAUUAUACCAACCAGUGUUACCAUAUUGGACAUGUAUCCAUCAACUUAUUCCACUGCCAAAGGUUCCAUGUCUGUCUCCACAGGUGGGUCUACUGCGACUGGGAAUUUUUUAAAUAGGCUGGUGCCUGCAGGAACAUGGAAACCUGGUGUGCCUGGAAACAUCUCCCAUGUAACAGAAGAGGACAGUCAACCACAACACAGAGAGACAAUAUGUCUUAGCAAAGUGGAUAUUGCAUGGAUUUUUUUGGCCAUUAGUGUGCCCAUAUCUUCUUGUUCGGUCUUAUUGACAGUGUGUUGCAUGAGACGGAAAAAGAAGGCAUCAAACCCUGAGAAUAACCUGAGCUAUUGGAAUAAUGCAAUAACCAUGGACUACUUCAACAAGCAUGCUGUGGAGUUACCUCGAGAUAUUCAGUCACUGGAAACCUCAGAGGACCAUCUUUCAGAACCCCGUUCACCAGCCAAUGGGGAUUACCGAAGCAGUGGAAUGGUUCUUGUGAACCCUUUUUGCCAAGAAACUCUUUUUUCUGGACACGACCAAGUUUCUGAAAUUUGAUGGACCCAGCAACAAACCACGGCCAUCGUUUUUUUACAUUUGCCUCCAAAAAUAUACGCAGUAUUGCACACAGCUGUCAUUUUAGACAUUGGAAAUGAAUCUAGAGUAAUUAAUACCACCCGGUGUCUCAGUUUAGGAGUCAGAUUAAAUUAGUCAGUAGGCCUUUAAAGUGAAUGGAGCUUGGUUGGUUUGAGUUGAUUUUAUACCCCGUUCAAAACCAUUCAACCUGCAGAUCUGAGUAAAUAUAUACAUAUACUAUAAAUAUGCUUUGUGUAUCCCCCUUUUCUUCCCCAAAUGAAUACAGAUGUUUUCAGCUUGUUUUCCUAAGACUUGUCAUCUUUUUACACUUGUAGUAAAUCUUUACAGGAUAA